GCGAGUCCGUGCUGGAGUCCGUUCCCCUUCAGCGCCACAGUCCGACGACACGGAUGAUUCCGCGUUUCUCAGCCGCUGCUGUUCGCGACGACUCGGGGAUUUAUUCCACUUCUUGUGCUUUUGGACCCGUGGAUCAUAUUUGGGAGUGAAUCGGUAGUUUUUGUGCCGCGCCGACAGACUUGUUGUCGGUGAUGUCUCGCCGCUGACAUGAAUCCUCCAAGACCACCGAACCGCUCCGAUGGCGUGACCGCCGUCACGGCGACGGAGGAGGGCGGGGGAGACCCACCAGGCGCCGGCGCCGCUGGAGCCCCGCGUUCGCACGGCGGAGGCGAUCGGCGGCGUGGCCACGCCGAGCUCAGCGGGGACGAGCCGCCGGAGCCGCCGGAGCCGCAGUCCCGGCGCAGAGCCCGGUCCAUCUCGCCUCUCGAGGGCCUGGGCGUGUUUCAAACGAGGUCUAUUUUCCACCUCCCUCGCCGCCCCUCGAGUGGAUAUUUCUCCUCCGACGGCGACUCGGUGCCGAGCUCGCCGCGUUCCCCGAGGCCAGCGACGGCUGACACGAGCACGCAGACGCCGAGUCCCGCCUGCCAGGUGAUGAACCACGCCCUGCAGCGCGUGAGCGAGGCGCACGGCGGAGGAGCGGGAGCGCAGCAGCACGGAAGCCUUCCGAGCCCCUUUAGUGCACAGCAGCACCACUCAGCAGGGGACAUGCAGGCCGUGGAGGUCGGACGGGAGCUCAGACGCAUCGGAGACGACUUCAACAACCACCUCCUGGAGGUGGCGGGCCGGCAUCCAUGGGUGGUGAUCCAGCCCAUCCGCGUUCCACACGUCCACCAGGACCCCGCCGUGGUCCUCUGCCUGGGCCUCCUGCUGCUGGUGAUCGGACGGAUACUCUACUCACAGGCCGGCGCCAGCAGCCACCCUCAGGUGUAGCCUCCGACGGGCCUGGCCCGCGUAGCGCUUCCGCUCCAUCUCGCAUCCAUGCUCCUUCUCCCGCUGCACCCUUCCGCUUCCCGCAUGCGGAAGUCGACUCCGGGAUGCGGAUGGAGGUCAUUUGGUGACACUUUUAAGGAACUCGUGGAGACGUGGACUUGUGUUUGCACUUUAGUUGCACCUUCACGGCCUCCGAGCCUCUGCAGUGCAGCCAAAGAGCCUGGAUGUGUGCACUGUCCCGGUGCAGAGGAAGUGAUGUCACCUGCAGGAAAGAUGAAAUGUGCCUUGUACAGUUUCCUGUUUUCCUUUUUUAGCUUCUUGUGUGUUUUUAUUGUGCAGAAAUUGAUUCCCUGGACAAUGCACACCCAGGGUUGUUGACUGUCAUGACUACUCAAGUUUUGUGGGAACAAAGUGGAACAAGCAGCCAGGACACAAUCCUUCCGAACUGUGCCUUUGGUCUUCCCCGUUCGCUCAGUAGAACCAGUGAUUCCAGCAUCUCACAGGAAUCGCACCCUCAAGAUAUGAGCAAUAAUUGGUGUGAACAUAAAUAGAGUAAGAUGUUCUAUGAAUAUGUGUGUGUGUGGUGUAAGCGAAGGGCUGAUGGCUGAUGCAGAAUGGAAGCUCACAGCCAGAAGAGAUCAUCACCACUCAUACUUCACAUCCACAUAAACUAAUACAUCUUAAUGACAGAAUGUUCUUUACUUUCAUGCCAUAUUUUGAAACCUGGGUCAAGCUUUGGGUGAAAUAGCUCAAUACUCUGGAUCAUUGUCUCAUCAAUGUGACUUUAUUGUAUUAAUCAAUUUAGAAUUAGGCCAAACCCAGUUGACGCGUUAGAUCUGGUUACGUAACUCUCACGACUCAAGUACAAUGAGCCAACACCAAGCACUGAUUCCUGUUUGUGUCAAUAUUGUUUUCCUAAAAAGAAGCAUUAAGUGGUUUUAUUUGUUUUUGGUCGUAUCAUUGGUAAAAGUUUUGCACGUUAAUACUCAAAAGCAGGAGCAGUAAAAAAAGAAUUAACUCAAGGCAGGAAAAAAAAACUGUUAACGAAAUCCUCAGUUCUAUGAACCAUCUGUGUUUUUUUUUUUAAAUUGCUUUCAUAAUUUGUUGGAAAUUUCCAAAGCACUUUGUUAUUAGCGUAGCCGUUCUGGGUUUUUGGUCUUAACGUUCCGUCAGAGGGAGUGGCGCCGGCUGGUCUUCAUAUGUUGACAAGGUCGUGUUAUCCGUUUAUUAGCGCCUGUUAGUCAUGUGACGCGGCACUUCGUGUGUUCACAGCUGCAACUGUACACGCGUUAAGAUCCAUGCGAGCGUCGCUGUGACUUUCUGAGUUUUCUGGAAACAUUGUGCGGAUGAAAUAGAACGGAAGCAACUGUUUGUGCCUCUGACGCGACGACGAUCUUCUGCUGAGGAUAAGAAUGACGAUGAAUUAUAAUAAUCACCAAGAGACGAACACGACUGCUAAAGUUAAAGACACCCUGUGGUUAAAAUGAAUCAUUUCUCUUUUAAACGUUAACGUGUUUGUGUAUGUUUGUUUAAGCGUCACUGUACCACACUACUCCUGUUUGACAGCGUCCACAUGCAUCGCGUGCGACCCUCGGGCCCUUCACCGCGCUGCUUUCGCCCGCUUUCACCUGCUGUGGAGCUCGGAGGCCUUGUCUGCGCGCUGCCUUUCUUUAUUGUGCCGUGUGAAACCUAAGACCUCAUUCUGAAGUACUGUAUUAGAGCCGGCGUUUGAGAGGACAGCGUGGCCGUGAGGAAACCGAGAGAGCGCCCGGCGUCUGCUGAUGCCGCGUUGGGAGGUCUGAGCGAAUGCCGCGCUUGCUCCCAUCAACACCGCUGGAGACAGCGGCUUCGGACGUUAUCACGCCAUUCAGUGGUCAUUAUCAGUGGUUAUCAGCCCAUACGUAUGGACCGGUAGGUGACCACCUACCUGCUGGCAGCGGUGAAUAGGUGCAGUAGGUCGCUGUCAUUGAUCAGGUUGAUCACGGCUCGGAUGAUUAAACCAGCAGAGUCAGUAGGGGCGCUGUUGAGCAGUUGUUGUUCAGACGGGAGGAUCGAAGUUUUUAAUUUUGAUUUAUUAGCGAGAAUAACUUACCAAGUAGCUAGCGGUACUGUGUAAGCUAACUGUAACCUGAACCCCCCACCCGUUGUCCAGCCCUAAACCACAAUAACGUCCGAAGCCGCUUAACAUAGCAGCUUAGCUAGCUGCUAGCUGUUAGCGAGGAGGCAGAGCAGGCACCUACCGGUCCGUACGAAUGCGCUGAUAAGUUCUCAUCAGCCCAUUCGUUAUGGCUGAUAACAUCCAAGGGGGUGCAGCAGAUGCUUUGGCUUCCGCCGCCGCUGAUUUGUGUCCGCUUGAGCUUCGCUGAAUCCCCAAAAAACAAAAGAAUCACUGAGGCCACGCGUGAAAACAUGGCUGCACUGUGACGCGCGACCGUUGGAGUUCAGGCAGAAAUAGAGUCUGACUCCAGAUGACCCAGUAAAACUGUAGCAGUGUGAUGUCCUCUCUUUGUUUAUACUGAUAUUAUACACUGAAAAUAUUAUAAUUAUACUGUUUUAAUGUCUUGAAAACACUUUAAACAGGUGUAAAUAAAGCAUUUUUCAACUUUUUACAUUAAA